AUAUAUAUAUAUAUAUAUUUCUCUUUAUAAAAAAACCUACCGAACUUCCGCAAUCCUUUGAUUGAAUUUCACUCCACAGAAAAAGAAAAGAGAAGACAGUGAUGGCGGUCGUUGAGUUCUUUGUUCUCGGGUGCACGGGAAUCGUGAUGUUCCUUCAUGGCGCCAAUUUCAUGUUUCAUGCUCUUGCUCAUCAAAUCUCCAUUCGAUCGCUCAGUUUCUUGGGAUGUGUUUGGUAACGUGCAAAUGUAGAGAUGAGUUUAUCAGAGGUUGGAAUUCAAUUUCAAGGGAAUGGAAUUGUGAAUAUUUUUGUAUAAUUUGUAGACAAUAAAUAAAUAAAUGAAGAGUUUGGAAUGAAUUAUUGAUGGUUGUUACAAAAAGUAUUCUCCUAAGCUAUUUGACUAUAAAUUAUCCAAUGUUUUCUCAUUUUAAAUUAUCUCAAAAAAUAUAAUAUAGUAUAUUUGAGGUAAAAUGCAUAAAAGUAUAACCUAACCUUUUCUUUUUUGUAGAGAACUUUAAAAACAGAACUUUUAAUCCAAUUCUUUUUUGAGCAAAUUACACGAAUGAUCCCUAUGGUUUAGGGUAAUUUGCGCAUUUGGUCCCUAAUUUAUUUUUUUAACUCGGAAGGUCCCUAUUGUUUGUUUUUGUUACACGUUUGGUCCCUGUCAUACAUAAAAAGACUAUUUUGCCCUUGAUUUUUUAAUUUUUUUUAAAUAAACACACCCCCAACCUCAUCCCUUUCACCUUACCUUACCUACACCAUCAUUUUUUCCUAUUUAAAUAAUAGUCAUUUUAGGUAAGACAGGGACCAAGCGUGUAACAAAAACAAAUAGUAGGGACCAAGCGCGUAACAAAAACAAAUAGUAGGGACCAAGCGCGUAACAAAAACAAAUAGUAGGGACCUUACAAGUUAAAAAAAUAAGUCAGUGACCAAACGCAUAAAUUACCCCAAACCAUAAGGACCAUUCGUGUAAUUUACUCUUCUUUUUUUUUGGAGCGAUCUAAUUUACAUUAAAAAAAAAAAAAACUAAAAGAAGCUAGCACUACAAGUCACAUAGAUGAUAGAACAAAUAACUAAUGUGUUAGGAAGCCAACCAACACAAUUCAUACUUUGAUUCUUAUGUUUAUUACUAACCCAUAAAAAAUAAAUUUGGUUGUAAAAUGUAAACACCACCUUAAUCUUAAAAGAUAAAGUUGGUUUUACAGCAACUUACAUAAUAGGUGUGUUACAUUUGUACGAACUUUUUUAUUAAAUCAAAAGAUAGAAAAAUGAAGGCAUUCACAAUAACUAAAGGAUCCCAUUUGAAUUUACUUUCAAAGUUAGAGGGGUUAAAGUGUAUAUGUAUGUAUAUGGGACUUUUGUUUUUCUUUUCCCCUCGACACAACACAUUGUGAUUUUAACGUUUAUUAUAUGGGAUCCGAAUCCGACCCAUGUAUCUUCGGCGAUUAUUUUCCCUCCACAAUCCUCUUCAACCACAAAUUCAACUCUACAAAUCGAUCUUCUCCGCUAGACGCAUCCAAGCUCUGGCCAUAAUCACCGAUAAUCCACAAACUACAACUACCUUAAAUGUCACCCACGAUGCUGAAUGGACACCCACCCCGAUUUCCUACUCUAAACUCUUAUCUCAAUGCUGUCAAACCAAGUCGCUCAAUCCAGGUCUACAAAUCCAUACCCACCUGAUCAAAAUCGGAUUGGAGAAUGAUCCAAAACACAGGAAUCAUUUAAUCAAUUUGUAUUCAAAGUGUCGGGUUUUCAGGAGUGCACGCAAGUUGCUCGACGAAAGUCCUGAACCAGAUUUAGUUGCUUGGUCUGCUUUGAUAUCAGGGUAUACCCAAAAUGGUCUCAGUCAAGAUGCUCUUUUGGCUUUUACAGAGAUGCACUCGUUGGGUAUUAGGUGUAACGAGUUUACAUUCCCUAGUGUCCUCAAAGCUUGCUCAAUGAAGAAGGAUAUCAUUGGAGGGAAACAGAUACAUGGAAUUGUGGUGGUGACUGGUUUUGAAAAUGAUGUUUUUGUUGCCAACGCAUUGGUUGGUUUAUACGCAAAAUGUGGUGAUUUUUUGGACUCAAGGAAGCUUUUUGAUCAGAUUCCAGACAGGAACAUAGUUUCUUGGAAUGCAUUGUUUUCUUGUUACUCAAAUGGUCAUUUCUUUAAAGAAGCAAUUGAUUUAUUUCAAGAUAUGAUUAUUACUGGAUUAAUCCCAGAUGAGUAUAGUUUAUCAACUAUAAUCAAUGCGUGCACAGGUUUACAAGAUAUAACCCAAGGGAGGAAAAUUCAUGGGUAUUUAAUCAAACAUGGGUACACUUCUGAUCCCUUUUCUUGUAAUGCACUUGCUGAUAUGUACUCAAAAGUUGGUGACUUUGAAGAUGCUAAAACAGUCUUUGACCACAUUCCUAACCCUGAUAUAGUCUCAUGGAAUGCAAUCAUUGCUGGAUGUGUUCUUCAUGAAUACUUCAAUCUGGGUUUGGAGUUAUUUUUGAAGAUGAAAAGGUCAGGAAUCACACCAAAUAUGUUUACCUUUUCUAGUGUUCUUAAAGCUUGUUCUGGAUUAGGUCUCCAAGAUUUAGGCAAACAAUUCCAUUCCAUUCUUAUAAAGUCAGAAAUAGAAUUGGAUCCAUAUCUUUGUUCUGGGCUUAUCGAUAUAUAUUCAAAAUGUGGUGAAAUGGAUGAUGCCCAAAGGGUAUAUGAUAUGAUGCCACAAAAAGAGUUGAUUGCAUUAAACACUUUGUUAUCUGGACACUCACAAAAUGGAAAUGACAUUGAAGCUCUAUCUAUUUUUUCUAAAGAUAGGGAUAGAAUCGGAUUUAAUGAAGCUACUUUACUUCCAAUCCUCAAUUCUUCUGCUAGUUUGCAAGAUGUAUAUGUUAGUGAACAGAUCCAUGGGCUUUCUUUAAAAACCGGAUUCCAAUCCGACCCUUUUGUCAUAAACAGUCUUAUCGAUUCUUAUUCAAAAUGUGGUUAUGUGGAGAGGGCAAAGAUGGUAUUUGAUGAAUCGGAUAUCGCUGACUUGGCGACUUUUACGUCUAUGAUAUCUGCUUAUGCUCAAUCGGGACAAGGUGAAGAAGCUAUAAAACUUUACUUAAAAAUGCAAGAUUUGGAACUUAAGCCCGAUUCUUACAUUUGUAGCUCUCUUUUAAAUGCUUCGGCUAUUUUAUCUGCUUAUGAACAAGGUAAACAAAUCCAUGUUCAUACCUUAAAAUCCGGUCUUUUAUCCGAUGUUCAUACCUCGAAUUCUCUUGUAAACAUGUAUGCUAGAUGUGGAAGUAUAGAUGAUGCUAGUCGUGCUUUUUUUGAAGUUCCCGAAAAGGGUAUCGUCUCAUGGUCCGCUAUGAUUGGUGGACUUGCCCAACAUGGAUACGGGAAAGAAGCACUUUCGCUUUUUGACAAAAUGUUAAAAGACGGAAUUGCCCCCAACAACGUGACUCUAGCUAGCGUCCUAUCGGCUUGUAACCACGCAGGGUUGGUAACCCAAGCGAAAACAUACUUCGAAACAAUGGAGGGCGUUUUCGGAAUUAAGCCAACGCAAGAACAUUACGCUUGCAUGAUUGAUAUUCUUGGGCGUUCGGGAAAGUUAGAUGAGGCGAUGGAUUUGUUAAGUCGGAUGCCAUUUGAGGCUAAUGCUUCGGUUUGGGGGGCGGUUCUUGGUGCUGCAAGAACUCAUAAAAAUGUUGACCUUGGUCAACGGGCUGCCCGAGAGCUUCUUGUUCUUGAACCGGAAAAAUCGGGCACCCGUUCUCUUCUUGCGAAUAUAUACGCAUCGGUUGGUUUAUGGGAAGAGGUUGCGGAUACAAGGAGGUUGAUGAAAGAUAGUAAGGUCAAGAAAGAGCCCGGGAUGAGUUGGAUUGAAGUUAAAGAUAGGGUAUACACAUUCAUAGUAGGGGAUAGAAGUCAUUUUAUGAGUGAAGAAAUAUUUAAAAAACUUUGGGAGUUGAUGGAUUUGAUUCGUGAAGAAGGGUAUGUUCCGGUUUUGGAAAACGAUCUUCAUAAUGUUACAAGAAGUGAAAAGGAGGUGCUUUUGUUGUACCAUAGUGAGAAACUUGCGGUUGCUUUUGGGCUCAUUGCUACUCCUCCGAGAGCUCCGAUUAGGGUUAAAAAGAAUCUUAGGGUUUGCAUAGAUUGUCAUACUUUUUUGAAAUUUGUUAGUAAAGUUGUCACGAGAGAGAUUAUUGUUAGAGACAUCAACCGAUUUCACCAUUUCCGAGACGGAAAUUGUAGUUGCGGAGAUUAUUGGUGAAACUCUGAUGUCGAUGGAUACCUGAUUUCUAUCUCAUUAAGGGUUGUUGGAAGAAUAAUUUUUUUAUGCAGAACUCCCGAUAUAACAUUUUAAUUCCAUUUAUUUAUAUUACCAAUACAGUUAUUUCCAUUUU